AUGCCAAAAAAUUCGGCUCUAAAACCUUCCACGGCGAAACAAACCUUGAUUCCUACUCGGAAACAAGUCACAAAAACGGCAACAAAAACCCAUGAAAUAAUGAAUGCUGCAAAGGCAACAAUAAAUAACAAUUUACGAGAACUCGGACAACUGUUAUUGCAAUCUCACAAAACUAAUAAUAAAAAUUAUAACGGUAGUGAUAACAAGGAAAAUGAAGGAGGACCAGGAGCAGGAGGCAGCACUUUCAUCAAUUUAUCGAAGACCGAGCAAGAGAAGAUACAAAAAAUAUAUAGCGUUACGAUUGAAGCUUUGAAAGUGCUUCAAGGUCUAGAAUCAAAACAAAUGGAAAAAGGAAAUAAUGACAAAAAUUUUGAUACAGAAAAAGCAUAUCUAAAUCUAACGACGAAAAUGAUUGAACUGGAAUUGUACGAUAAUGCGCUUGAAACCGCGCAAAUACUACAUACGCGACUUUGGAAAUAUCAUGGAAAGAGCAAUAAUUCAACCGCCCCCAAAAAGUCUGGACGUAAAUCCUUACAACAAAUAAAUGUCAAUGAAAACGAGUCUUCAUCUUCAGAACUAUUGACUUUAUAUCGCGAAUUAUUGCGCUUUCCGCUUGAUUCAAACAUUGAUGAUCCCGAAUUAAUAAUAGUGUUGUUAGCCAAUCAACUCAACGUGUUACGAUGCUUGGUUGCAUCAAAAGACACCAAACUGAUCUUGUGUCUGCCCGUAAUUUUUAAAGCACGAAAUAGCAUUUUUGACUGGUGCGAACGGUUAAGACACUUGAAUGUCGAAUUGGCCGCGAAACAGUAUUCGAUGCUCGGGCGGAUCAUCCAUCGAGCGUGUCAUCAAAUGCAAUCUAUUUCUGGCGAUAACUCUUUGAGAUCCUUACAAUUGCGCGUAUUUUCUAUGCAAGCGUUUAUCCACACUAAUUUAUUUGUGUUGGACCUCUUUUUCGAACAAGCUGUUAGAAGUGGAAAGCAUUUUGAAAAAGCAUGCCAAAGCCAAUCAAUUAUAUUAUAUCAACACUUGUCGAAAGCAUAUGAGGAGAUAUAUGAAUUAGUGCGUGCUACGUAUCAUGAAAAGUUUUCACAAUGUCCCCGAUUUUUUGUUUGGCUUGAUCAUUAUGCGUACGCGGCAAAAAAGGCAAAUGGAUAUAAAGCUGCCAUAUCCGUAUAUCGACUUGCUUCCCGUCCUAUGGAUAUAAUCAAAUAUGCAUCAUUCAAGAUAAACAUAUUAUACCAUGCAUUUGAGAGCUUACUUUGCGACGAAGAGAUUGACGUGUACAAUUAUCUUGAAGAAGCCAAAGAAAUAUUGUUUGAGCUGACAAAGUCUAUUCCCUCAAAAUCACUGAAUCAGGAGGACUUUAAUAAUUUUUCAAACCUAUUUAAAACAUUCGAAAUUUUCAGGGGUUCAUGCAUAAAAAUUCUGGAUUUUUUAUAUAUUAACGAGAAUCAAGUCACUGUUAAUGAUAAUGCAUCACAAACCAACGAGAAGAUACAUUCAAAAAACAAGAAGCAGCAUGUAUUUAUUAACAAAGUGGAUGAAAAUCACUUAUACGCUAGCAUUUACAACAUAAAUCAUCUGGCUACUGAGUUGCUAAGCUUUUUCUGUGAAUCUCACUUCAAUCAAUAUAAGGAAUAUUUCAAAGCCGCCCCCAAUUUACUACUACAUCCCGACAAACUCUCACUUAUUACGAUCCGCACAAUCGAACUCUUCAUUCGCACAAAGCUCGAUGUCUCUCGACUGAAUGACGAUGACACAUAUUCCACGUAUAUUACGUAUAUCGAAAAAGCGAUUAGAAUUACGCGCAUUACCUCUGAUUCGGAAGGACUACAUUUCAUAUCAAAUAUGUAUUAUUUGAUUGGAGGAUUUUAUUACAAACAAAAUCAAUUUCGAAUUGCUUUGGAAUCAUUUCAGAAUGCAUGCGUCACUUUAAAAGAAUAUCUUGAUUUUCUGAGAAAUAAUCAUUCCUCCAUCGAUAAUAACAUGAAAUCCGAGAUUGAAUCAAAGUUAAGCAAGAGAUAUGAAGUCUUAGGGUCUUGUCAUGAUUGGUUGUGUGAAUAUCAGAAUGCUACGAAAGAUUUUGAAAAUUCUUUGAAAUUCAUACCGAAAAGCGAAUAUCUAAGAUUCUCGAAGCUUUCUGCAACAAAGUCGGUUUUCCUCGUGUCCCAAGAACACACGAUAAUACCUCAACUGAUCGAUCGAUAUGUUAAAUCAACGUAUCUUAACUGUCCAAAUAUAUCAUUUACACCGACUCAUGAAAUUAUGCUGAGUGUGGUCGAAGAUGGAAUUGAAAUAGCUGGAUUGGUGGAGUAUGAACUUCAUUUGAUGAAGAGAUACUAUCAAAAGAUUGAUUUGACUAGAACGCAAAUGCUGUUAUGUGAUAAAUUGCUGGAAUGGUAUAGUCAAGAUGAGUAUCCUAUCAGAAGAGCUAGAGUAUUACUUGAAAAAUCCAAGUUAUUAAGACGAUGCGAAGACUCUUCUCAGAUACAAAAUGAGUUAAUAAUUUUAACACAAGCAAUCGAAUUAUUAAAAUCAGAAGAGCAUUCUCGCGAUGAGGGUCUUUUGGAAUUGCGGCAAUUCUAUCUUGCUAGCGCUUAUGCGUGGCUUAGCAUUGUUUCUCAAGAGUCUGAUAACCGAUUUCCUGAGGGUUUUAAAAUAGCUUUAACUUUAUGGAAAGGUAUAUUGGCGGUUAUAGUUCCGUAUGGUAACGGGAUUCCUACGACAAAAAGUUCUGUGGAUCAGAUUAAGAUGAUAAUAGAUGAUGCUGAAGCAUUUUAUUACGAGCUUCAAAUGCUGGCAGAUUUUUUUGGAAUGUCAAAUCAACCUAUCAAUCAUAUUUUGACUAUAAAAUUGUUAUUGAGACUCAAUAAUGGUAUUAGGGAUUCUUCACGCGAACCAUAUCCAGACUGUGUAUCACUCUAUAAUCAAAUGGGACAUAUAUACUUGACCUUCGGAUAUACAGGUAAAGCUGGACUUGCGUUCUCUCAAGCCAAAGCAAUAAUGGACUCGAUCGGAUGUACAGAAGAAGUUAAAUUGACUUGGAUGCUGGGCUAUAGCCAAUAUUUGUGCAGUGUUGGAAAUAUUAAAAAGAGUCUCCAAUAUUUCAACAAUACUAGAGUGCUGGCAAACUCUCGGCUUCCUAGACAGAAGUCCUUGUCACGCGCAAAUCUGGCCAAGCAACGACAUCAAGCUAUCAUAGAUAGCAAAAGGUCGCUUCACUUAUUAAAGCGGUCGAUAACCAAUAUUAAUCGUGAUGGUGGAUGUGUUAAACAAGAAAGAACAACCGAAGAGAACCCAUUUCUCCAAGACACCUCGACGAACGGUUCUUUAUCUGACCAGUCAAAGGAACUUUGUAGAUUGAUUUCACUUACUGCACAAAGAUGGCAGUGGCAUAUAUCAAAGAGGCUCGUGGAUUGCUACGAACAUUUGGGAAGGCUGUAUAUUAUACGCGGUUCUGUCAAAGAAGCAGAUUUCUUUCUACAACAAGGCUUGAAGCUCACGAAGUUGAGUAAUGCUUUCACGGCGAUGAGUCGGCCGCUGUUGAGUCUUGCAGAGUUGAGCUCACGGAAACAUUGUUGGGGGGAAUGUGAAGAGAAGUUAGAGCAGGUGUUGGUAUAUCAAAAUGAUGGAGACGCCAUUCAAAAAGAUAAAGCCAUUGCAAAGUUAUGCUAUGGUGAUUUGCGAUUCAGACGACAAGAAUACGAUACGGCUCUUCAGUUCUAUUCUACCGCCGAAAAUAUAAUUACAGAUAUUAUGAAAGAGGAAUAUAUCUCUCAUCUGGAAAAUAUUGAAUUAAGUGCCAUUCAAACACCUCGGGCCAAGAAAUUAAUAUCAAUACCUCCAAUGACACCAAGAGUCAAGGUCUUGGAGCAAGAGAUUCAAUUUGAGUGCUUUUUGCUUAAUCAUAUUAAAGCAGAUUUGUUUCGUCGUACAGGCCAUGCCCUAAGCAAAAAAAGAAAUAUCGAACAAGCUCUUGACAUGAUUGAAAAUAGCAAAGUCAUUAAUCAAUCGCCCCUGGAAAAAGCAGAACAUUAUUUGGUAUUAGGCAAGAUUAAAAUCCAGUAUAUACUUUUCUUGUUAUCACGACCCACGUUUUCGGCGUUAAAAAUAAUAUGUGAUUCUGUUCUUUCGUUACCUCGGAAUAGAAUUACAUCAGUCCGUCAAAACACAGAAUACCCGGAUAAUAUCACGCUUCAAAUUCAGCAAGCGACCGAAUAUCUGACUAAAGCGUACGAUCACGCUUUCGAAAGUGGUACAACACAAACGUUAAGCGAGUCUGCCUUUGGGCUUGUGAGGGCGAAUAUGAUUGAAGUGUACAGUCAGAAUUUAAGUAGUGCAGAACAGGCAAAGAUGACACGGGAAUGUGCUUUUUAUUUGGAAAUGGCUAAAGGAAUAGCCGCAAAAAGAGAAAUGAUAUCUGUCCUUUCUGAAAGGUUGAUGCCAGAAUACACUUUUGACGAUAUGAAAUGGCCGCUCACGAUUUCUUCCAAUAAAACAACCAUCUCUAACAUUAAAGAACACGUAGACGACAAAGUUUCAAAUAACGAUGACGAUGAAGACAACAUGAUAAACUUUACAAAGACUCUAUACGAACUCUACAAAAAGGAAACCUACAUGACUUCUGAUCAAUUCCAAUCAGAAUUUGUAGACAUUUUACCUCCCAAUUGGACUGUCUGCACUAUUUCAAUUGAUGUGGAAAGUGAAGACAUGUACAUAUGUCGUCUGCGGCGUUCACGACCUCCUUUUAUACUUCGAUUGCCUCUGAAACGGCAGUCUAGCCAAGAGGAUUGUUACGAGGAUGAUGAUGGGUUUUCGUAUGAAGCUGCGUUAGCUGAGUUUAAUGGUAUCAUUGAGUCUAGUAAUAAGACUUUACAAGUUUCCAAAACUUUUCAAACACAGAAUGAAAAGGUGGAAUGGUGGAAAAGCAGAGAACAAUUAGAUAAUCGAUUAAAAGAAUUACUAAUAAAUAUUGAGAAUUGCUGGCUCGGUGGAUUUAAGGGUAUUUUAAUGACCAAUGAUCAAGAAGAUGAUCUGGAACACGCAAAAAAAUUUAAAUGCAAACUCGAAGAUAUCGUAAAUAAAAACUUAAAAAAUAUGCUCACUAAGAAGAAUGUCAAAGAGCAGCUGCCAUUACUCAAUAUUGAUCUUGAACUAUGUCAAACGCUUUUGAGGCUAGGAGAGGAUGCUUCCUACGAAGAUAUUAGCGAUUUCUUGUACUUUUUACUUGACGCUUAUAAUUACAAUGAAAUACGAAUUGCCUAUGAUGAAGUUGAUAUAGAUCAGCUCUCAAUAGAUUUGAAAGUUACAAUCGAGCAGUUUGGUUUCGACGCUAGUAAUACAUCAUAUAACAAGAACAAUGCUAAUAAUGUUGCUGCUAAAGAUCAUAUUAUUUUGAUCCUUGAUAAGAGCGUGCAAAUGUUUCCGUGGGAAAACCUUCCCUGCUUGCGAUCACAAGCCGUUUCUCGAUUACCCUCGUUAUCAUUUCUACGAGACAGGAUACUAAUGACUCGAAAUAGAAACCAAUUUAGAAAUAAAAUGAUCGCAAAAUCUCAAGUUUGGACUGAUUACACGAUUGAUUAUCGAAAUGCGUUUUAUGUUCUUAAUCCUAGUCGAGAUUUUCCAAAUACUCAGAGACAAUUUCAGGAAUUUUUUGAAAGGUUUGAAACCUGGGAUGGUGUUACCGGACGUGCUCUGAUGGAUUACGAAUGCAAGAAUGGACUAAAAAACCAUGAUCUAUAUUUGUAUUUUGACCAUGGUGGCGGAGAACAAUAUAUUCGUAGUUACCAAGUGCGUCAACUGGAUCAUUGUGCUGUUACCUUAUUAAUGGGAUGUAGCAGUGGUCAUUUGAAGCCUGUUGGAGAAUUCGACCCUUCAGGGGUCGCGUUAAGUUAUAUCAUGGCCGGCUGUCCUGCGUUGGUGGCUAAUUUAUGGGAUGUCACUGAUGGCGACCUUGACCGGUUAAGUAAAUCUUUGUUUAAUAAUUGGUUUAUUCACCCCUCCCAGAAAGUUACCCGUGGCCAAGACAAUAAGCCUGUAUCAUCUACAACAGCACAGAUCAAACAAAGUGUAUCUUUAGUACAAGCCGUUUCCUUAGCAAGAGAAAAUUGUAGACUCAAAUACUUGAAUGGGGCUGCAACGGUUGUGUAUGGUAUACCUUGCUAUCUCCUCACUAGUGAUAUGUGA